CCGAUCCUUCUUCUCUCCUCGUCCGGCUUUGUUUGUUUUAGUGUAUGUGCGACUCGUUUUUGUUCUGCUGUUCGACGUUGUCAUUGUUGUACACCACCUCUCUCCCUCUUAUCCGUUCAAAAGAAUUUUCGAAAAGAAUUGAAGCGUUCGCGGUGUGUAGGGGGGAUGUCUCUGGGAAAGCGGUAAAGAAUGGACAAGAGGUCUGCGGGUGUCUCUGUCGCGCGAAUAGCUCUGGGUUCGCAUGGGUUGCUGUUGCUGGUCUCUCCUUUUCUGUUGGCUCCGUCGUCCGAAAGGAAACAACGGGAGGAAUCGUGGCAAUGUCCUGUGGGAUCGGAUUGGGUCGUCUCUUGUGCUUUUUUGUGUUACAACAAUCUAAUGUCACUAAUCUCUCUCUCUCUCUGUCUCUCCCCCUCUCUCUCUGUCUCUCCCUCUCUCUCUGUCUCUCCCUCUUUCUCUCUGUCUCUCCCUCUCUCUCUCUCUCUCUCUCUCUCUCUCUCUUUCUCCCUCUCUUCUCUCCUGUCCUCAUUACCCUCUUCUUCCUUUCCGGUCUCGCGAACACUUGUGAGUUCCUCCAAAUGAUACGUCCACUUCGCGACAUUACACGAGCGGGACUUCUCCUCCCCGCUCCUGAGCCUCGCUUCGCCAUGAUACCGAACUUUACACGAAU